AUGUUUCGUUCCGCUGUCCGCUGGAUUCGGAAAGUUCGCAGGACAGAUCCAUCCCGGACGUGGCAGAGCUUCCGCGAUGCAAAGGUAAUCAACCCGUUUGCCGAGUACCAAUGGACCUCUCAGCCAUAUCCGGACUACAAUAUGCCGAGGGUGGCAGACGAUGCCAGGCCGCACAGGACCCUCAAAGCGGUUAGCCACUACGAUGAGAAAGGAUGGUGGCAUAUCCUUGAUGCUAAAGGGCGAGACGUGGGCAAACUUGCGGCGUUUGCAUCCCGCCUCCUGCAGGGCAAGCACCGCUGCGACUAUGCACCUGAUCGAGUCAAAGGUGACUCGGUCAUCAUUGUCAACGCCAUCCACCUGCAUUUCCCUGGCCACACCUGGGACACGAAGAUCUACAGAUUCUAUCGGAACAGAAAGACAGAUCCACGAGGACCUAAGAUCAUGACGGCCACCAGAUUGAUGAUGUUGAACCCGUCCAUUAUCAUCUCGCAGGCAGUCAAGGGCAUGUUGCCGAAAAACCUUCUGCGGCCGAAUUGGCUGCGAAGGUUGUAUUGCUACCCAGGCGCCAUCCAUCCGCACUGGGGAAUCCCACAGGUCAUUGUGCCUGCUCAAAAGGGGCCCGAGCUCUGCCCGGACGCAUUCACCUUCGAAGAUGCCGAGGCACCAGACUCCAUAGCGGACAAGUGA